AUGCCUUACUUGACCGAAUCCUACACCACCACAACCAACAUGGAGGGAUCUUCAACCACUUCUUCCCAGCCAAUGCUCAGUCUGCGGUCGACCAAAUCACUCGCCAACGGCGAAAUCACCUCCAUCGCCAUGUCCCGCGCUUCGCCCGCCGCCGCACUAGCAACCUACACCCGCGGCCCUCUUCGCCAGUCCUGGAUCGACAUGUUCCACCUCUCCUCCGGCCGGUCCAUCUCCAAGAUCGAAGGUGACCGCGCCUUCUACUCCCCCAGCGGCACCCGCAUUGCCACCCUCCACGAGGCAGCUACACGCUUCGGCGCCGGCACCGGCCACACCCACCAGUGCAACAUUGUCAUCCGGGCCGUCGAUAACGGCAAAGCACAGCUCGAGAUCCGCGGCGUCAACGACGGUCCGCUCGUCUGGAGCCCUGACGGCUCUCUCAUUGCCGCUACCGAAGACGCCAACCGAGUCGGCAUCUGGGACACUCGCGUCGGCCUCCGCGUCGGACGAGUAGUCACCCACAUCGACACAGUGACGCACAUCGCCUUUACGCAGAGCAACAACAUUGUCACAUUGUCCCGCGAUGGUACCCUGCGCGUUACUGAUCCGCAGACGAGCAGGACGCUGCAGCGCCUUGAGAUUGAGGGCCAGGCCGCGUCGAACCCGCGCUUCCUUGCAGUCUCCCCGAAUGGCAACACGAUUCUCUCCGUCUGGGGCACCAUGGUCCAGGUCUGGUCUCCUCAGACAAACCACAUCACGGCCUACUCGCUUUCAGCUGUGCGGUCGACCGAGGGCUGGCCCUUGGCUGCGACGCCAGAUGCAAGAUUCCUAGCUCUCUGGACGGAAACUGGCUUCGACGUCAUUGAUGUCAUGACCGGUGCUACAGUCUUCGAGAACAAUGGCGGCGCACUAGUCACCUCUGGAAGCUUUGGCGAGAACGGCUCUGUCCUGAUGCUGGGCAGAAUGGACGGCACUGUCGAGACUUACAAUGUCAAGCUCACUAGGAAGUGA